AUGUCGUCCUCUGUUUAUCGCAUUGUCUCCGCCGGGCUCCCACGCGACCACCAUGCCAUCUUCGUCGAGACCAGCGAGAACGGCGAGGAGACCGGCCGCUUAUUCCAGGUUACGGGAAACAUACAGAGUGGCAUGACCUUCGAGCAAAGGCCUGAAGGCAAACCGGAAACUUCGAGUUCAUUUAUCAGCAAGCAAGGGAUCGGGACUGUUACGCACGCGAACUACUGUCGGAUUCAGAAUAUAUGUGAAAAUAUUCCGCCUCCGAAGAAGCAAUUCGAGGGUGCUAAAAAGCUUUAUCCCGGGGAACCCAUCAGACGAUGUCAAGAGUGGACCGCUGAAGCCGUACAGGCACUAAAAGAUGCUCAGAUUUUGAUGUGA